GUUGGCAGUUCUUCCCAAGCGCAUCCUCCGCUCUGAACACAAACGCAGAAGCCGCGGGCGCUUCCGCUCCGCGCAGGAGCGCAGCACCGCCCCGUGCGUCCCCGCGGCCUCCCCGCACCACGCGCUGCGCCACCGCCCCGCGUCGCCACGGAGACCGCACGCGGCGCCGCAACGGCCGAGAUCGAGCGGGACCGGGAGGACGGAGCGGCAGCUGCUCGGACGGCGGCAGGGCGGAGGAGGCGGGGAGCGGCGCGGGGCCGGGCAGCCGUCCACCCGGAGAGCUCCCCGCGCAUCCACCCGCUCGGCAGCGAGCCGGGGCCGAGCCGCACCUCCGUGUGCACGCUGCCCGCGUUUCUGAUCGCAGAACGGACAUGGAAGUGCCAGAUGGUGUCGGUGCCAGUGCCACACAAAAGCCACCGGGAAGGUCGCCGCCGCCGCAGCCAGAAGCGAGCCGGCUCCUGGACCGCGCCUGCAGAGAAGCACCUUCACCAGGAGAGCCCAGCAGACUGGACAUCAUGUGUGCCAUGGAGUUCCUAGAGGACUUUGUGGAGCUGCUGGCACAGCCACUGCGCACACUGCCCUCCGUUGGCCCACCAGCUGUGCUGGCCUACAGACCUGAGGUGCUGCGGGGCCACCUGCAUGCCGAGGCAGAGGAGGACUGUGCUCCCAAGUGUGAGUACUGCGGAAGCCUGCUGAGGCCGUUCCCUUCCUUCGAGGACAUUUGCCCUCCACCACAGAAGUUCUGCUGCAAACGCAAUCAAGACCUCUGCGAGUUCAUUGUAAAGGAGAGGAAGGAACACGAAAGUGCUUGGAACGGCCCUAUUUCUAUAGACUCUCACGAGCCCCAUGGCAGUGAAGCUGAAAGACAUCUGGCAAAGGAGAGAGCAUACCAGAGGCAGCAGGAAAGACAAAUGGCCAGACAGUUAGCCUUCCUGGCAGCUGAGCCAACAACUGUAGCUGAAUGUCCAGCACAGCUUGGCACCAUUUCAUACCUGCUUUCUCAGGAGCCACCAUCUCUGACGGGCUGGACACUGAUGCCUGAAGAGAGAGCAGCAGAGCUCGAGGAGGAGCCCAUCUCCUACAGCAUCACCUGCUGCGACUUCACUGUUAUGGGUGGAAGGGUAGCGAAGAAUGAAUUGCUGGAGAAAUACUACAAUCACGGAGGAAAAUUUCUUACCAUGCUCCCAGAUGGAACAGCACAGUUAUUCUAUCCAUCUGGAAACCUGGCAGUCAUCGUUGUACGAGAGAAAAAGCGGUUUGUUUGCAUAGUGCAGGAAGACAAGGAAAGUAACACUGAGAUACAGGCAGUAUUUGCAUCCAACGGCAGGAGCACCUGCUACCACCCGCACGGCACUGUGUGGAUAACGAUGAACACUAAAGGAGGGCAGUGCCUGGACCGGGCAGGCAACAGGGUGAAGAGGUGGAUGUGGCCAAGCAGUACAGCGUCAUCAGGACCCUGUGCCCCACUGAGCCCCAUCUUCCUCUCCCUGAACCUGCAUGUGGGGGUCAGGAUCAUGGGCCAGGAUAAGAUCACAGUUUCCUUCCUUGCCAUGGGACAACAAGCAAAAUUCAACGUGGGAACAAAAGUGCAGGGCAGCCAGGCUGGCCAGCUGCAUGCCCUCCCCAAGCUGAAUGAGGAUGAGCUCCUGCUGCUAGCCUUGCGGGUGAGGAUCCUGCGGCUCAUCGAUAAGCUGCGUAGCUGCCUGAACUUCCCUUCCAAUGAGCAAUGGGACAAAAUGAAGCCACCAGUGUACCUUGUCACACAGACUUUAAAGAUCUUGCACCUUUGCACGACUUCUGACAUAAGCGAAGAGCUGUGCAGCUCAGUCAGGGCAAUAGUAAAUGCUCCAGUCUGAGCAGCAUGUGUGGUGUGAAGCCAAAGUGAGUUGAGCUGGCCUAGACAGAGAAUUCUGAUGCCACAGUGCUGGCAGGCACUGAUCCCGGUGCCCCACAGCCCUGCCUGCUGCGGGCCAAGGGCACUGCAGUUGUGGGGCCAUCCUGCUGAUGGAACAGCUCAGGGUGGGGUGCGGCCAGCAACAGGUCACGUUGUGUCAGCUUGUGGUGAGGAGCACCUUGGCUGGGAGGUUUUGUGCAGGGCACAUUGACUGUGUGCGUGG